GCAAGGCGAAGCUGCCCGUACCACCAUGAACAAUAAACCCUGAACCCCUCUUUUGCUUCGCGAAAAGCCCAACGUGACAGCGACUCCAUGCCGCCAUAGACCAAGAAACACACUACGCCACAGAUCGGCUACUGGCCACCUUGUCAAUCCACCGUUUUCCCCAGAGCAAAAACAAAAAACAAUGGCCUUGCGAGCUCGCUGCUUGCCCAAGGACGAGGCACCGACGGCGCGAUACCAAAUCCUCCACGCAAUGCAGCGCGAAGUGUUUGGGUACCAGCGAAUCGUCUACCUCGCCGGAAGCACGACAGGCAGUGGCACGGCCGACUGGCGCGAGGCCCUGGUCGGCUCGCUCGCGCACCUCCCCGUGACCUGGGUCGACCCGUCACGACCCGAGUGGGACGAGAGUUGGCGCGAGGACUAUGACCAUGAGCCGUUUCGCGAGCACGUAAAGUGGGAGCUGGAUAUGAAGCGUCGCGCGGACCUCGUCGUCGUGCACCUUGCCGCCUCGUCUCGGCCGAGCGACGGCCUGUUGGAGUUGGGCGAGAUGGCCGGCGCCCGGAGGAGGUGCAAGGUCGUCUGCGAGAACGGGUACCAGAAGCGGGGGGAUGUGGUAAUGCUCUGCCAGCGGCAUGAAAUCGCGGUUUUUGGCAGCGUCGGUGAGCUCGCGAGGGAUUUGGCCGAGCGCGACUUGAAGGGGGUUUGAUAGGCAUCGUCGCUAUGCGACGUCCUCUGAGGCUGCUGGGGGCGAGUUCGACGGCUCGGGCGUUUUGGCGGAGCCUAUCUGUACCCAGCGGCCUUGGGCGUCUCGUGGAUGCAAGAAUCUCAUAACCAGGUGCUCCAAGGGUUUGUAGUUGAUCUCGAUGUUAUCCCAGAGCCGAAAAGAGUCCAAGUUCAGCCCCGCGCAGUCCGUUUUCUCAUCAUAAACGAGGGCG